AUGCUAGAUCAUGUUGGAGAACUUAGUCGUUUGUUUGGAUCAGAAGUCAUCGGUGGGUCCGAAACAUAUUUACGAAGAAAACGAAGUCGCGUCAAACGUGGUAUGCUUGUAUCGAUCAAGUCCACUUGGCCACCUACUGUUCGAAUUGGCUUGAGUAUGGAACCUUUGGGUUGCGGUUCAUAUACUUUCGUACACAGUAAAGAAUAUCAAAAUAUCCAGAGGUCAUUUUACAAUGCUUUAGAAUCCAUGAAUCCAAAUAAUUUGAGUAGUAUAUUAUAUGAAAAUCCUUAUCACAUAGAUUCUUUACUACAAUUGAGCGAAAUAAUGAUGCACCAGGAAGAUACGACUGUAGGUACUGAUCUUCUGGAGCGCGCACUCCAUGCUUUCCAAUCAGCUUUCCAUCCAUCCUUUAAUCCAUUCAAUGGUUCUUGUCGUCUAGACUUUAAGCGUCAAGUCAAUCGUGGUUUGUUUGUAGCACUUUUCCGCUAUAUCUUGAAAAUUAGUGAACGGGGCUGUCAUCGAAGUGCACUGGAAUAUUGCAAAUUAUUGUUAAGUCUUGAUUAUGAAGAUGAUCCUUUGACAGUCCUACUCAUGAUAGAUCGCUAUGCUAUUUACUCCAGGCAGUAUAGUUUCCUAAUUGAUUUAUAUGAUAGCCUAAAUGGUUCGCGCAACUUGUACUUGCUUCCCAAUUUUGGUUUAUCCAUACCAUUGGCUCGUAAGUUAAUUGGUGAAGAUCCAGAGAAAUGUGAUGGAAACAAGAUGAGUGUGGAUGAAUCUUUGCAAGAUGCUUUAAUCAUGUUUCCCGGAUUUGUGUCGCGCUUACUUAAACAUACAAGUAUUGGGGGUAUUACAAAUCUUGAAAAAUCUAUCCUUUUUGGAAAAGAAGUUCUAUUGAGCGAAUCAGAUAGUCUUGGUUGUUUACUAAGUCUAUAUGUCGCUCGCAUGCAUCCUCUUUGGUCCUCACCCAAUGUCCUUCCGUGGCUGGAAAAAAAUAUUGCGACUGUUUUAACUUUGGUUGAACCUAAACAAUUGCAUCUUUCUGAGUCUAAUACUAUUGAUCCACGUCUUUCUGAAUAUUCCAAAAGACGAAAAACUCUUUAUCCUGCUUUUCCACCGAAGAUUUUGAGGCACCUGAUUUUGUCCGAAGUUUCUGAAGCUCCACCCAUUUUACCCCGAAAUUUAACAAGUUCUCCUAUCUAUACAUUUGAUCCUCUUCCACCCAGAAGUUCUAUCAAUAUUUACGAUCCAGAAGAAGAAAGACGUCGCGUUCGUGAAACUAUGGCUGGAAGUGGAUUUCUCAACGGUCUUCUAUCAUCAUUCUUACCCUCAAGCUCUAUAAAUGCUGAAUUGGCUCUUCGUGGUCCUUCUGGUGCACCAAUAGUCAGUGAAAAUGCUUCUGGUAGUAUUGGUGGAAUCGUACGUUCAGCAGCGGAAACGUUCUCUGCUACUCUUAGACAAGUGUUAGAUAUGAUUGAUAUUCGUACAGUUGGCUUGGAGAACGAAGAUAAUAAUCAUAAUAAUUCUUCUGAUGAAGCUCCUUAA